AUGAGGAGUGGUAGACGACACGAAGUUCCGGUGCACAGGCGUGAGUAACAUUUAAUCCCCCAAAAUUUGGCUACGGCGACCAAAAGUGUAGAAAGGGGGCGUGGCCUAAUCUGAGACGCGUUUUCUGAAAAUUGCCGCAAUUCCAGCACUUUUCCGCCGAUAUUUUUGUGUGUUUGAUAUCGUCGAAAGAAGAGCAUAUUAAAGAGAAAAAACAUCUAAAUUUUCGUGAAAACGCCGCGUUUUGAGACGUUUUUGGCAUCAUUCGCAAAAAAAAAUUCGGAAUUUUCAUACCGGCCGAUCUGGAUAGAUUUGAGACAAAGUGAGUGUCGGAAGUGAUUAAGCACGUUAAUACAAGUAUUUUAAGCGAGCGUUCAAACGGCAAAAAGUAUCGACGAAUGACUGAAAUUCGCGCAUUUUCAGCACAAAACUUGAAAAUCGCAUCAAUUGAUUCAUUUCUGCAUGAAACCUGCUCGUUUUAAGCUCAAAAAGUGCGCGCGAUGAUUAGUUUAACAAAGUUAUUAUGCAAUCACAUCGUCGAAACGCGUACAAAAUUUGGGUAAUUUUUGACGAAAAACAUGAAAAUUCGCGUCAAAAUGGUGAUAAACCGUGCACGCUAGGCCCCACGCCCCUUUCUACACUUUUGGCUGUUGCAAAUUUUGAGCUCUACAACUUUUUAAUUUUAUUUAUUUAUUUAUUUAUUUAUUUACGUUUAUUUUUAACGUGGAGAAGAGAGAGAGAGAGGAGAGAAAAAAGAAGAAUGUUAUGUAGUUAAAUGUGUCUACUUGCAGGUUCUCACUCGGCCCACCAGCCGUACCAUGCCGUCUCGGAGAUGUACUCCAAAGAGGUCUCGCACCGUCCACUGGGACCAGUCACCGACUUUGUCCCCGCGAUUGUCGACAUUCUGAGGGAGGAGCCGAGGGCGCCGCCGCACUCACCGCCUUUGACGAGAUGGUUAUCCUUUAAUUACUUUUUUCUGCAAACUAAACUCGUUUAUGGAAAGUUUGAAACAGAGAAUUUUUUUUUGGGGGAAGCUCAAGUGAAAGUAUGGAAAAGUUAUCGAAUAAUUGAAACCUUAGACCUCAGUCAGUUUCUGGUUGCAAAUCGUCGUUUUCAGCCGCGAAAACAACUGGACCGACGAGAACUUUCCGAUCGUUCGGGUUCCGUCCGCGCAAUUCACGGACGUCCUUUCGGAACUCUACGAUUAUCACGAAGUUGAGGUACGAUCCAGUUGGGACGAUUUUGAGCGAUAAGCAACAUUUUUCAGAAAUACUCGCGUCGUUCUGUCACCCCAGACUAUCGGAGAUCGGAGCUCAAGGAGCCGCAACGAGGUACUGCACAUUCAAAUCGAUGUAUCUCAGCUGACGGUGGAGAUAUCAAGGAAUUGUCAACUAGUAAAAUACGCAUCAAAAUAUUGUGCACAUUUUAUCAGUUGUCAACUUUUUGAUAUCUCCACUAACAAUUGAGCUAUACCUCUAUAUUCAACGCCACCGCUUCCAGGCCGUUCGCCCGGUCAGAAAGGACCGCCGCCCACGUACCAGGUGAUCCCACCGACUCCCGAGAAGAUCCGUCCGUCUUGCCGUUACUCUGGAAUCUCUCUGAGCCAAGAACCGUGCAAAAAACCGCUUCCGAUGUACGAGGAAUACGUGAAAGGGAUUAAGAAUGACGAGAAUCUGAAUCCGAUUCCGAAGCCACGGACGAGGAGCCAGAGUUCUUCGCCGGUGGUCCCAAAUCUGCGGCACAUUGACUCUUCUUCAUCGGAAUCUGGUGCCGAGCCGAAAAAACGGUACGUCUACACGCAUGACGUGUACGUGGAUUCGGCCACCGGACGGCCGUUCACACCCGGAAGAGGCGAUUUGGAGGAGAAGAAUUGCGGGAAGCUCAAGAUCAAUGUGAGUUCCUGUAUCUCGGCUGUCGGUGGAGAUAUCAAAAAGUUUUCAACUGAUAAAUUGUUCAUUAAGAAAUUUCGAACAUUUUAUCAGUUGACAACUUUUUGAUAUCUUUACAGACAGCCGAGAUAGAUGGCUUUGAAUGGACGAUAGCAGUCACAGUUAUAUUUUGUAGUAUUUUGAACAAACUCGCAGAGAAAUGAGCAUUUUCACUUGGCAUUUGUGUUGCUCGCCUCAUUUUCUCGUGGAUUUUCCACGUUUCCCUCCAGAAAAGCGUUCAAUUUGUUAAAAAAAAGGGAUGACAGUUUCAAAGUGUCAUCAAAUUGACUUCCAUUUCGAGUAACUUUAUUUUACGCACCUGUAUAAGAAAGAUCAUCUAGAAUAACUGGUAACGCCGCUGUUGCCGUGCGUCGAAUUAGGAAAAAUUGUUGAAACUGAAAAUGUUUCAAAAAAAAAAAAAAAAAAAAAAACUUUGCUGUUUCAAUUCCACCACAUUUGUCCAAAGUUUCAAACAUUGAUCAAUGUUGUCCCGAAUGCUCUAAAUCAAGCAUAAAAGUGAGAAGAAGUUACAAUUCGGAUUUAGAGACGAGGCACCAAUUCAUGAGUAAAACUGUGGGAUCAAUGGAAUUUUUGCACAUGUUUAAUUUCUAAACCAGUAGAAACAGAGAUAAUUUAGCCGUUUUUUUUGCGGAAAAAUGUUCGCUGUUCACGGUCUCCAGAGCUGACAAUAGGGGCGUGGCCUCGGCGGCCAAAUGGCGUUUUCUCUGAUUUUUGUGGUCAAAGGCGAUGAAAAAUGAUUGUUCGACAAGGAAAACACACUAAUUCUCAGAAUUCGUGACGUUUUGGCGCAUUUUUCGCGGACUUUGCUUUUUCGCCUUCUCAUUUUGCGCUUUUUUGACCGUUUUCAGACAGAAUUGGUUUUGAGAAUGACAAAUCACGUAAAUACAAGCAUUUUGAGCGUUCGAACCGCAAAAACUACCGAAAAGCAACUGAAAUUCACGCAGUUUUAGCGAAAAAUCUUCAAACUUGACCAAAUUUAACGCUCUUGCGCUUAAAAAAUUCGUAAUAGCUUAUAUAAUCGGUUUAUCGAGAGACAAAUGAGAAAUUAUCGGUUUUUCGUGGCUAAUCUGGCAAAAAACACAAAUUUUGCUGUUAAAAUUUGAAUUUCGCGCCAAUGUAUCGGUCUAUUGGGCGGGCGGGCGCAUUUGCGCUCAUUGUCAGAAGCUCUGGAGACCGUGUGUUCCACACUUGCUUUUUUUUUUGCCGUACCGCGUAAUCCCACCUGCAGGUCUACUUCAAACCGCCGGCGCCGCCCGUCGUUCCCACCUACGAGUUGGACGAAAUCGAAAUUGAGAAACAGGACGAAGUGUGAGUCAUCAUUUCCCACUGAAAAUGUUGACUAAAAGUACGAAGUGCCAAUCAAUCAGUUUCAGUGUUGUUUCGAAGGCCCGCCCACUUUGUACGAGUAUUUCAAGCGGUGCGAGUGGCCCGGAACACCAGAAUUCCGCCUUCCUCCGUUUCCCCGUCCGUACUUGCAUUCUGAGAAAGGAGCACGAGAUUUCGACGGUUCCACUGGCCAGAAGUCAGUCGCAUUGCCAAGAGAUUCAACGGUAAUAGAGUAAUUUGUGUGAAUUUAGCUAAAAUGUAGUCUGCUGUGUAGUCUAUAUUAGUGGCAAAAACCGGAACUCGUGAUAUCACUGUAGUGAAACUGUAAUAGAAGAGUGCCUCCGAUAAACUGCUGUAUCUCAGCUGUUUGCGGAGAUAUCGAAAAGUUGUCAACUGCAAAAAUGUACAGAAUUUCUUUAGGAAUAUUUUAUCAGUUGACAACUUUCUGAUAUCUACACUCCUAGCUGAGAUAUAUCGAUUUGAAUAGACUGGCUGAAUAGAUAGGCUAUACCAGUAGGCUCAUCCGCUAAACUUCUCGGGAUAUCAGCCCUUUGAAACGGCAAAAAAACUUCCAGAUCUUCUUCGAAAAUCUCCGAACGUUCAGUUUCAAAUCUCGACGAAAUCUUUCCCAAAAUGCCACGUCAUCAACCGGAAAAGGGGUACUGUAGAUUAUUGUGCACUCGGCGGGUUACUGUACUCGCAUUUCCAGAGACUAUCCACGUCAACGCUUCCCGUCGACAGUUGGGAUCACAAAAACCGGGUCAGUAAUAGUUACAGUAAUCACGAAGGUACCGUAAUCCUUUCAGAUUGCCAGUUGAGAGCCAAAUUUCCGAGCUCCCGUUCACCCGGUACUUUUUCUCGAUUUCUACAGUAAUCCCUCAUGUUUCCCCUUUCCAGAGGACCGUCCAAGACUCCGAGUGUUCCAGAAUUCAAAGAAAAGAGGUACAGUACCACUACAGUACCCUCGAAAGUCUACAGUAACCACGUGGAACGCGCGGGAAGCUUUAUUUCGGUGCAAAAGUACGUAGGCUUCGGAUAUGACGACAAUUUACACAUUUUUGUCAGAACACCGUCGGAACAGCUUACAAAGGAGCAUUUUGAGGUGCCGAGCUACGAUUCGAGGUACCGUAGUCCUCUACAGUAACCCCAAUGCUACCGUAGUCCAUUUCAGAUUGCCGAAACGUCAAAGUCCGGAGGAAUUGAACUAUGGGAGGUAAAUUCGAAUCAACCACAGUAACCCACAACUACAGUAAUCCUUUUUCCACUUCAGAUACCCAAAAUCUCAUCAAAAAUUCCCUCAUGAGGACCGUGACAGCAUCAAGAAUCUACCGUAUACCAGGUAAUCGAAAACUUUUUCGAUCUACCGUAAUCCAAUCCAUUUUAGGGGAAUCUCAAAGACUCCGAGUACUCCGGACUUCCGAACUGAUAGGUACAGUACCUACAGUAACGCCCAAACUACAGUAAUCCUAAAAACGUUUCCAGAAGUCCGUCGAAAGCGUCGACGGUUGUUCCGUGCGGAAAUGUGGAUAAAGAACGGUACGUUUGUGGGUCUUAUCGAGAAAUUUUAUCGAAAAACGUUCUCGAUAAGACCCACCGAGUCUAUCUACCGUAAUCCCUACUAUUUUCGUGUCAGGACCCCAAGUGUGUACGUUACAAAGCCGGAAAGGUACUGUACUUUUAAUCUACCGUAAUCCUUUGUUUUCCUUUCAGAACCCAUCGCUCCCGUGCUCCUUCUGUUCACGAAAGGUACAGUAAUCCAUUUUCCAACUACAGUAAUCCCACAAUUUUCGUUGCAGGACUCAAACUGCCUCAAUUUCUCGUACUCCUUCGCUCUACAGCAGGUACCGUAACCUCUGCAAGCUACAGUAACCCCAUAUUUUUCGUUGCAGGACCCAUCAAUGCCCGCCAUCGGAACGAGUGAUUCCGGUGCAUCACGAGAGGUACCGUAACUUACCGUACCCGGAUAAAAACCAAAUUUUCGCUUCAGGACCUCAUCGCCCACAAAAAGCCAUUCGCCAAGCGUCAAAAGCCGUCAUUCGAGCGCGCAGGUACAGUAAUCCUGGGAAAUUUAAAGGCGCAUACCAAUUUUCCAGGCGAAACCCUCCGCCGGACCAAAAGGACCGUUCGAAGAGGUCAUUCACAUCAAGGAGCGCUUCGAGAGGGACGAAACGAUCCGCCGCUUUUAUCCGACCACCACUGCCGUCUAA